GAAAGAGAAAGAGGAGCUAUUUAACUUUCCGGUCUCGCCUCACAAGUUGUGAUACAACCCCCGUCAAACAGUGGGUCCUGCUUGUGGCAGGUUCAAAGACCUGGGACGACUAUUGUGAUCAGGCCAACAUAUGUCAUGCCUAUCAGAUUGUCCGUAGGAACAAGAUUCCAGCUGAACAGAUAGUGGUGAUGAUGUACGACGACAUUGCGCACAAUGACAGAAACCCAACUCCAGGUGUUCUCAUCAGCAGCCAAUCUGAACUCAAUGUGUAUGAAGGCGUCCAAAAAGACUACACUGGAAAAGAUGUUACUCCAAAGAAUUUCCUGUCGGUGCUGACAGGCAAUGAAGCUGCCGUUCGCGGAAUAGGAAGUGGACGGGUGAUUAAAAGUAAACCCCAAGAUAACAUCUUCAUCUACUUUUCUGGCCAUGGAUCAGAGGGACAACUCAGUUUUCCUGACUCUAACUUGACUGAAGACCUCACCAAUUUAAUACUGAAGGAUAAACUUGCCAAACUGACUGCAAAAUACCUCAAAAAUAUAUUGGAACAACUUAAUCAGACUGCCAUGUUGACUGAAAAGGAUUUCAUGGAUGCAAUAAAAAAGAUGGCAGAAAGGAAACAGUUCGGCAAAAUGGUGAUAUACCUUACUGCAUGUCAUUCCGGAUCAAUGUUCAAGAGCCUCCCAAACAAUAUCAAAGUUUAUGCAGUUACUUCAGCGGCUCCCGAUGCAGUGUGCUACGGAUCUAACUUCGAUAAAAAAAGAAACGUGUACCUUUCAGAUGAAUUCAGUGAAAGUUGGAUGAAACACUGUAACUCGGUCAAUCUUUCUGAGACAACACUUGAAGCACAGUUCAGAGACAUGAAGGAACACACAAAGAGCUCGAAGAUUCAGCAAUACGGAGAUUUGACCCUUUUACAAGAGAAGCUGAUCUACUUCCAAGGAACCUCUUCUCUUCCACCAGCCCCUCGUCCACCAGCGGCUCGUCCUCCAGCCCCUCGUCCACCAGCGGCUCGUCCACCAGCGGCUCAUCCACCAACCCCUCGUCCACCAGCCCCUCGUCCACCAGCGGCACGUCCACCAGCGGCAUGUCCACCAGCGGCUCGCCCCGGCUCGUCCACCAGCCCCUCGUCCACCAGCCCCUCGUCCACCAGCGGCUCGUCCACCAGCAGCUCGUCCUCCAGCCCCUCGUCCACCAGCGGCUCGUCCACCAGUGGCUCAUCCACCAACCCCUCGUCCACCAGCCCCUCGUCCACCAGCGGCACGUCCACCAGCGGCAUGUCCACCAGCGGCUCGCCCGCCGGCGGCUCGCCCGCCAGCGGCUCGCCCGCCAGCGGCUCGCCCGUCGGCGGCUCGCCCACCAGCAGUCGGUCCACCAGCGGCUCUCCCGCCAGCGGCUCGCCCACCAGCGGCUCGCCCACCAGCGGCUCGCCCACCAGCGGCUCGCCCACCAGCGGCUCGCCCACCAGCGGCUCGCCCACCAACGGCUCAUCCUAUCCAAGAUACCCGGAUGACUCCCCAAAAAUUAAGCUGUAG